AUGUACGCCCCUGUUGGCGAGGGCCCCAGCAACCAACGACCAUCCCUGGUCAAUCCAUGGUGGCUUCAUCCGCCAGCUGGACGAGCAAUUGGGCACGAGCGCGGUCAAGAAGGUAAAUAUCCAGUGGAAGGUGGCUGCAAAAGAAGCGGUGAAGGUCAAGGAGUUAAGCCUAAGGGUGGCAUCAUGGACUCUCAUCAGCAGCAGUUUUGCCUCAAGUGGAACAGUUUCGGCAGCAAUUUAGCAACGACGUUCUCGAAUUUAUUCAAAAGCGAGAGUCUCACCGAUGUCACCCUGUUCUGCGAGGGAGUUACGUUCAAGGCGCACAGGUUAAUCCUCGCAGCAUGCAGCAAGCAUUUUCAGGAGCUUUUCGAAGGAAUGCCGCCUUCUCCCGCGGGAUUGAUCGUUAUUCUCGAUGGGACGAGUGCCCACAAUAUGGCGUCCCUCCUCGAAUUCAUGUACCGUGGAGAGGUACAUGUGUCCCAGGAAUCCCUCAGUUCCUUCCUCAAGGCAGCUGAAUGCCUUCAAGUUAAAGGUCUAUCGAUCAUCGAGCAUGAGAAGCUAGCGGUGGCGCAGAGGCACGCUGCGGAGGGCAGCAACACCUCCGCGGACGCAGAGAGCAAUGCCGGAGAUGUUACUGCUCUCCGCGGUGGCGGCGGUAACGGAAGUGGUGGUAGCGGUAGCAUCGGGGGUAGUGUCGGCAGCGGUAGCGUCGGCAGUGGUAGCAACGGUGGUACCAUUGGCAACGGGGGUGGUGGUAGCGGCGCCGGUGAUACGAACGACAUGAGCGAGACGGUCAGAAACAUAAAGAGGACUCCUACACCGUCGCCCGCCUCGGAAUUCGUGCCCAAUAUGUAUCACACCUCGCAUUAUUGCGAGAGUCCGCCGAAGAGGCUGAUGAGAUCGCCGAGCGACGUCGAUACGUUAGGAAGAGCGAGCGUGUUACGCGACGGCCCUGCUUUCCGACCGGCGUCCGCCCCGCAUCCACUGUUGGAAAAUCACUUCUAUCAAUCAUUCACCCAUCUCCCUGAAACUCAUUCGCAUUCCCACACCGCGCCACACACGCCCACGGAACUAGAACAGCAGCUGGAACGAGCGCGGUCCGAGGAACGUAGCAACUGUGAUCUCAAGGAAAGCGUUGCCGAAGAUCUUCGAAUAAAACAGGAGCCAGUGGAGAUCGAUCGAGAGAGAUCGGAGAAAUUGGCGGAGAGAUUGUCCAAGCGGGAUGACGAGGCUUAUCCCGGACGGGGGUUUGACGCGGGCUUGUACAGAUCGAACUCGGACCAUCUCCCUGGAGCACAGCUGGGUCCGACGAUGGUGCCGAUGCCGACGGUUCAUCCGCCGACUCCCGAUCAGAGUCCCGCCGCGCCUCCCACGAUCGCUAUGUGGAACACGAAGAUCAACAAGGCCAGCACUGUCUCUACUGUCGACGGUAAGAAAUUGAAGUGCCCCUUCUGCGAGAGACUGUACGGCUACGAGACGAAUCUACGCGCUCACGUGCGACAACGUCACCAGGGCAUUAGAGUGCCGUGUCCGUUCUGCACGCGGACGUUCACCAGGAACAAUACCGUCAGACGGCAUAUUGCGCGAGAGCACAAAAUCGAGCUCAGUAUGAAGGAUUUUCAGCAGUCCAAUCAUUCGGUCUCGGACACUGUGCUCCAGUAA